AUGGCUAAUUUAUCUGCAAGUGGAUUUCUUCUCAUGGGCUUUUCUGCCAAGCCUGAGCUAGAAGUCUUUUACGCUUCAUUAUUCUUGGUCUUAUACUUGUUGGCUUUAACUGGCAACAUGCUCAUCAUCACCGCAACUUCCCUGGAUGACAGUCUCAACUCCCCCAUGUAUUUUUUCCUGAAACAUCUCUCCUUUUUGGAUCUCUGCUAUAUUUCUGUGACUGUUCCAAGAUUCAUUUGCAAUUCUUUCAUGCAUAGCAGAAACAUUUCCCUCUGGGAAUGCAUCGUGCAGUGCUUUGCUUUUGCGGUCUGUGGCUCUGCUGAGAUGUCCAUGCUCACGGUGAUGUCCUAUGACCGCUACGUGGCCAUCUGCCUGCCCCUGCACUAUGACAUCAUCAUGGACGUCAGAACCUGUGUCCAUGGAGUCGUCGGCGUCUGGGUCAGUGGGGCCAUCUCUGGAGUCAUGCACACGGCAGCUACUUUCUCCAUCCACUUCUGUGGCCCUCGCAUCAUUCACCAGUUCUUCUGUGAUAUCCCCCAGCUCCUGAAACUCUCCUGCUCUAGUGAGUAUCUGGGCGAGGCUGGUGUUGCUGCCUUCCUGUGUUUGCUGGCGUUUCUUUGUGUCAUCUUUAUUGGAUUCUCCUAUACAAACAUAUUUUCUUCCGUGCUCAGGAUGCCAUCUGCUGAGGGCAGAGCCAAGGCCUUUUCCACUUGCCUUCCCCAUCUCAUUGUUGUUAUUUUAUUUAUUUCUACUGGUACCUUUGAGUUUUUGAAGCCCCAUUCUGACACUCCCACUGCUCUGGACAUUUUACUCACUAUUCUCUAUACGGUUGUUCCCCCAACAUUCAAUCCAGUGAUCUAUAGCCUGAGAAAUAAAGCUAUAAAAAGAGCUGUAAGAAAGGUUUUUAAAAGAAGAAAAUCAUUCUUGUUUUCUUGA